AAUUAUAGUAAAUAAUUCUUUUCUAAUCUCUUAUUUCUUCAGCUGACUCUUAAGAAUACACGUAGUAAUGUAUUUUACUUUUAAAUAAUUUUGAAUAUUCAGAAUUCUACUACAAUAAUUGGGAUGCCAGUAAUUUGAUUAGGAGUGGUAUUAAUAGUUUCCCCAUUGUUCUUUCUUAAUUAUCGAAUUUGUAAACAAAAACAAAGAUUUUUAGAGUCGUAUCACAAACGAUAUAUACGUCUGCGUUACUGUGUUGUUUUUGUUUCACCAAUUAUCGCAUGCCAUAGAAAAACGGAACGAUGUCAACGGUUCGUUGUUCUUCGAACGAUAUGCCGAAAGAUGUACUGAUCUACUUCGGCUAUAACAUAAUUAAUGUUAUUAGACGACACUAAAAAUCUUCGAAAUGUUACGACGAAACAGAUUGAAGAAUAGGACAAUUGCCAUUGGCUUUCUAGUAAUGGUUACCGUAGCAUAUAACGAACUUCUAGUCUACGAUGUACAGAAGUUUAAAUGGUCCGUUCGAGAGUGUUCGGAAUGCGUUAAAGUGUUACUUGUUGCCGACCCACAGGUCUUGGGUAAAACGUCUGAAAAUUAUUUUGGUGCAUUGGUAGCACGAUGGGAUAGCGAUAGGUACUUGAAGAAAACGUUUUCAAGAGCUUUGGACCAUUCUCAGCCUCACGUCGUCGCAUUCCUGGGAGACCUUAUGGACGAAGGUCACAUUGCCAACGAGGAAUCGUUUACGGAAUACAAACAAAGAUUAGAUUCCAUAUUUGAAAUGCCUGAUCAUAUUAUGAAAAUUUAUUUACCCGGUGAUAAUGAUAUCGGAGGCGAAGAGGAUGCAGUCUCGUUUAAUAUUCAUAAUAGAUUCAACUUUGCGUAUUCUCAACCGGACACGUUAGUUUAUAAGUCGGUGACAUUUUUCAAGGUGAACAGAUUGACACACAGCAUGCCGGAAGCUCCGAAAGAUGCCUUUCUGAACGAUUACGCGGAGAGAAAUACAACAAAUAUAGUGUUCAGUCAUAUGCCUUUACUAUUCAUGCCAGGUACUUUUGUCCAAAAUGUACUGAAAGAAUUGUCUCCUCAAAUUAUUUUUACCGGACACGAGCAUAAAGCAAUGCAUAUCAGCUUGGACACUGCAACAGACCAGUUAAGCGAGAUUUGGAUUUUACCCCCCUACGAGACACCAUUAUAUCAAUUAAGAAUGGAUGUUGGCGACAUUCACGAAGUGCAAAUGCCUACCUGUUCGUACAGAAUGGGUACACCUCAUACAGGAUAUGGACUAGCUUAUAUUGAUACUCAAGAGAAAACAGUAGAAUUCACGAUAUUAUGGUUACCAGGAAGAUUUCCGCAACUGUGGAUUUAUGUUUUUGUUGGAAUAUUCAUUCUUGCCUUCAGCAUUUUCGUUUUCAUUUCCAGUUAUUGUUUAAAAAGUCACGCGGUUUAUAGCCGUAUGUCUUCGAUAUAAUAGAGGGCAUACGUACAAUUCGAGCUUUUAAAAUUUAAUAUCUACGAUAACUUGGCAUUAGAAAUGAGGUACAAAGAUCCGUCCAAUACAUGUGAUUCUGUUACCAUCUGUGUCAAGUUUAAAAAAAAAGUAAUGCGACGAUUACUUGAUGGUUCGACUCUUAAAAACGAACAAGACUUAACUACCCGUACAUAAAUAAAAGUACUUAGAACGUGUUCCUAAAUGUCGCAGUCUUAUCGAGGUCGACAUUUAAAGAAUGAACAAUUAAAAUUUUUAGUAAAUCCAUACAAACUUUACACCGAAAAUCAUUUUUGAUUAACUUUUAGUACAGUUUAGACGUGAAGUGAUGCCAAACUUGUAUGUAAAUUUUUAUUUAUGAUAUAUCUAUACAAUUGAUACAGUAUUGCUUCUGUAUAAUUUACUCUCUUUUUUUUUUUUGCAAGUCGUACUUUAUAACAUAGUAUUCUUUUGAAUCGUUUAUAAGAUUGAUAUAAUAACAACUUUGCUAUAGUUUAACUGUUUAUCUAUCAGUGGAACAUCGAGACUUGCCACCCUUAAAAAUUGCGUCAAACUUUGCAUACAUUGUGUAAAAAAAAUUAGUUCUACAGGGAUUUGAAUCAGCAACCACCUUUUUUUUAACUUUGGGCGCAAAACUGAAGAGUAAUAUUGUUGUGGUUGGUAUCCAUAUUUAAAAACAAAUCGAUACAUCAAGUUUGACGCAAUUCUGAGUUAAUUUGACGGUGCUAAGUUUCGGUAUUUUGUUGUAAAAAGAUGACAGAUAAUAGUCGUAUACUAAAAUAUAGUACUUAAUAUUGUUGAGGAAGAUUCCGUUUAAAAGGAACUAUUUAUAUAUAUAUAUCUGUUUGCCAGAAAUAAAUGUUACACGUUGAAGUUUGACCUAUUAUUUUUUGCAUUAAUAAAUAAUAAUUACAACUUAUAAAACGAUGCAUAAAAGGAUACAUCGAACUAACAUGUUUAGUAAUCGAAAAAUGUAAAAUACAACAGAAAUUGUUAAAUCAACAUAAUAUUUUAUAUAUUGCAUACAUACUAAAUCAUAUUAAAAA